UCUCUUUUCUUGUAGGCUUUUUGGUUUUAAUGCUGGGAAGUUGAAAAUGGAUGAGAGGAUAAACCUUAGCAUGAGUGAUCCUGAUCUUGUUCCUCUUCUUAUUCAGGAAAAUUAUAUUAAUUAUAAACCAAGCUUGGCCGGUAAGGAUGACAAUGGGAUAAAACGCAUGAACCUGAUUGCCCGUGCUGCUGAGUCUAUUGCUGAUGGGGAUAUAGUGAAUGUUCAGAUUCGCAGAUAUAGACAGUGGCAGCUCUCUCAAGCUAGUUGUACAGCAACAUGCAUAAUUCCUGCAUCAUUGUUGCAUGGCCAAAGAGAAAUACUUGAACAGGGAGAACGCAAUUUCAACCGGUUUGGUGGGUGGCUGGGGAAGAACUCGACAAUGGGUAAAAACUUUAGGCUUUUGGAUGAUCUUCAUGUUCACAUUCUUGCUUCUCGUGAAUCCAGUUCAGGAAGGGAUACCAUUCGCAUGGAAUACCUUACUCUUAUUCUUAAACGACUGACUGAACCCCUACGAACCCUUCCUAAGGCUGAAGCGGUUCAACAAGUUGUGGAAUUCAUGAAUACAUACUCUAUCAGUCAGGAAGAUUUUGAUACUAUAGUAGAGUUAUCAAAAUUCAAGGGUCAAUCUAAUCCACUAGAUGGGAUCCAGCCUGCUGUUAAGUCAGCUUUGACAAAAGCCUAUAAAGAGCAAAGCAGAUCUCGGGUGGUUCGAGUUGCCGACCAAAUCACACUUCCCGGUGUAAAGAAGGCCCCUAAGAAGCGGAUUGCUGCUAUACUUGAACCAGCCGAGGAAGGAGGCAAAAAUGAAGAUGACACCUUGGACGAGAGUGAAGAAGAGAACACCUCUGAUACAGAAGAGUUGGAAGGCAUCACCAAGGGAGAGAAGCUGCAAUCAGAACUUCAAAGCUUGAAUUCAAAAGCCACGCAAGUACAGUUGGAACUGAAGGGAACGGGUAAUUCGAGUUCCAAGAAGGCAUCGGCUGGUAGAGGUAAAGGUGCUUCCGCAUCUGGGAAAAAGGUUGCUCAAGCUCCAAAAAGAAAAAGGUGAAAUAUUAGACAUCUUGCCUUUUUGUCGAGCCACUAGCAGUAUUUGUAUAGAACCAUGCUCUUCAUGUAAUUGAUGUUCAGGCUUCAUAACUUCACGUUUGAGUUUUAGUAAAUUUUCCAAGGAGAACAUGGAUUGACUACUUGUGGUGGCUGUAGAUUGUUUCGGUCUGUCCACGUUAGAAGUUAGAAUUUUGCUUGCUGUUUUAUGAAGCGUUUAUUUCUGGUUUGAGCUUUUA